UCUCACUUCGCAAUUGACGACUCCGGAGAGCCGUCGUGCGAUAUCGACUUACCCACCUAACGAAGCUACUGCAAGCACCAAGGUAUCUGGGAAGCAUGCACCUCUCUUCGCACAUACAUGCUCUACAUGUGUAUCUCUGCACUUCUAAGUUCCUCUCGUUCUGGCGCAGAUUUGGAACAAUCACUCGCGCACGGACUCGGUCACCUGGCAAGAAAUCGGGCGGCCAUCGAUUACGCAGGUGUUCCACCGACUUACCGAGUGCUAUUGAAGCUACCACGGCAGCGGAGUAAGAUCGAGUGCCACAGAACGAACGACUUCACCACUUCACCACUUCACUGCAGGACCAACAAACGUCAGCGAACGUCAAGAAGAUCAAGAUCAAUCAAUCACAGAAACCCGCCCAAAUAUCAUCCACUCAUCUCAUUCUCCGACUCCUCUCAGCUUCUCUCUGCUUCUCUGCAUCUCUCCGCCACCCCCUUCUCCCCAUUCCACAUCCACAUCCACAUCCACAACCCAUCUCCAGCCCGAUCUCGCGGCCAUCCAUCCAUCCAUCCAUCAACUAUAAAAACACCAAAACGAAAUCGAAAAAAUCAACACAACACAACACAGCAUAGCACAACAAAGCAAUCGCACACGGAUGCAACAUGCAGCAAAAAUGACAGGAAGAGAGAUGUAGAGAGAGUGAGGGUGAGGGUUCCCAGAGCAGAUAAAGAUGAGUCAAGUAAGGUGAAUGAACGCAGAGCUCCAAACCAAACCACUAUGAAGUAAAAUGCUAUGCUAUGCAACUGCAAUGCAAUGCGCAAAAAAAGAAAGAAAAAAAACGAAGAACAGAAAAAAAACUCUGACGGCGAAAAAGGGAGAGAACAAAAAGCGCUGCUGCUGGAAAACAAAAAACUGCAAGGUUUCCAUUAUAAACACACGGACACGGACAGAGACCGACAGACACACGGACACACGGACACACACCACACACCACACGCGGACAGACACCGCACCGCACCUCUCAAAACCCGGUUUAGAAAGAAAAAACAAAGAGUAAAGACAAAAACGAAUCAACCAAACAACCCCAUCACACCAAACAGAAAAGCCAGCCCAACGUUGUAGAAAGAGAGAAAAAAUAAAAAAAGUCGCUAAAAUUCGCCGAGCACAAAAAUGGACUCAAGGAAAGCACGGAAAC